AUGCUGAGUGUGAAUGUUGCGUGCUUUUUUUUGUACUGUAUUUUCCAUCUCUCACUUGGAAAUCCUUGUGUUGUACCAAAUGAUGUUGUGGGAGCCAAAGAUCCAGGCGAUAUAAUCCUUGGUGGAGUCUUUGCAGUUCAUCAGCAAGUGAAGGGAUUGUCGAACCGCUCCAGACCAGAGCCAUUACCAUGCACAGGAUUUGACAUUGAAGGGUUUCUCCGAGCAGAGGCCAUGAUGUACACCAUUCAGUUGAUAAACAAUUCUACUCUAUUGCCUGGUAUCAAGCUUGGAUAUGAAAUAUAUGACACCUGCGCAGAUACCUCCAGGGCUCUAACAGCGUCAAUGAGAUUUCUUUCUACUGCAAAUUCAUCAGGGACCUGCCUUGACGUUCAAUGCAAUUAUACAAAUUACCAACCCAUUGUAAAAGCUGUUGUUGGUGAAGGCUACUCUGAACUUUCAAUUUCAAUUGCCAGGAUAUUCAACUUAUUCCUCAUGCCUCAAGUUAGUUAUGCAUCAUCUGCUGAAAUCCUCAGCGACAAAGUGAGAUUUCCUUCAUUCUGUCGGACAGUUCCAAGUGACAUCCACCAAACGGAAGCCUUGGCACGUCUCGUCAGCAACUUUCACUGGAACUGGAUUGGCAUCAUCGCGACAGAUGAUGACUAUGGCCAGUCUGCAAUGGCCAGCUUUGUCGAGAAAGCACAAAAACUUAACAUAUGCUUCGGUCUGAAAGAACUGAUUCCAACUUACAUAGGUGACAAAACAACUGACGACAAAAUACAAGCAGUAGUUUCCAAAAUUAAAAAUACUCCAAAUGCAAAUGUCAUUGUUAUAUUUGCUAAAAUACCACUUAUCAUUAAAUUGUUCACUCAAGUAAUGGAACACAAUGUUACCAGAACAUGGAUUGCCACUGAUGUCUGGUCAACUUCAAGAGAAGUCUCCAGCAUGAUGAAUAUUCAAAAGAUUGGAAAGGUAUUUGGUACUUCCUUCAAAAAUGGAAACAUUCCAGGUUUUCUGGAGCAUUUAAAGAAGUUAAGGGCUGCUCCAGGAACCAUGAACAGGUUUCUUGAAGAAUACAGGCAACUGCGUUUCAAUUGUUCAGAUGAAUAUUUCAGAUACAAUGAGACCUGCAAUUCAAACUCACACCAAUGCACGCUGCCCAACUCCCUGAAGUUAUUGUCACCUCUUGCUUGCACCAAAAGAAAUGAAUCGUUCACAGAGAUUGAUGAUGAUUUUUUAGUUAGAAAUGCUGAGAUGAGUGGCACUUACGCAACAUACUUGGCAGUCAGAACAAUAGCUUACGCUAUAAAGAAGGUCCUAAAAUGUCAAGAAGGAACAUGUCAAAGAACAUUCAGUUUUGCGCCAUGGCAGCUACUUGAAGAACUGCGAAAGGUUAAAUUCCCUGAAAUGGGGAAAGACUUUUAUUUUAACAGAUUUGGAGAUUCAAUGAAUGGAUAUGAUUUAAUAAACUGGGAGGUGGCCAAUGGCACCACAAAGUUCACAAUCAUAGGAAAUUACGACAUUAUGGAUAAGAAGAUAUAUAUUUAUAACCCAGAUUUCAGCAGAAUUCUGAAGAAAAUAUUUUCCAAAUGUUCCCAAUCCUGCAAACCCGGACAAUGGAAGAUUCAAAAUAAUACCUUACCCUCCUGUUGCUAUGAAUGUGCAAAUUGUUCAGAGGGGUUCUACUCAAAACAUUGGGAUACAAAUACUUGUUUCAAAUGCUUAGAUAACCAGUGGUCUCCGCAUGGAAGCUCAAAAUGCUUUGACAGAAAGACGGAAUUCUUUAGAUGGAGCAAUGGGUUUGCGAUUGUACUGUUAGUUUUUGCCUUUUUGGGAAUCCUUUUGAUAAUUGUAACCAUAAUCAUUUUCAUCCUGAAUCGGAGUACACCAGUGGUAAAGGCUGCUGGAGGUUCGCUCUGUUAUUUAAUUCUAGUCUCCCUCAUCCUCAGCUUCGCUAGUACUGGAUUUUUUAUUGGUCUGCCAGAAAAGUUCACCUGUAUUAUUAGGCAGCCUCUUUUCGGCAUAAGCUUCACUGUUUGCGUUUCGUGGAUCUUGAUCAAAUCUUUUAGGAUCAAUCUGGCAUUUAAAUUUGACCCCGUUGUCCAUAAACAAAUGAAAAAAUUAUAUAAGCCCACAUUAAUUCUGAUAAUCUGCACUGGAAUUCAAGUGAUUAUUUGCUCAAUUUGGUUAGGAAUUAAACCUCCACGUUUAUCGGAAAGCUACGACAAAUCAAGAAUCAUUUUGCUACAGUGUGAUGAAGGCUCUAAUGUUGCCUUUGGUGUGAUGCUGGGAUAUAUUGCUGUACUUGCCACUUUUUGCUUUUUGCUUGCAUUCAGGGGGAGAAAGCUGCCUGGCGCAUAUAAUGAGGCCAGGUUUAUCACAUUCAGCAUGCUUAUCUACCUCAUUGUAUGGGUGUCUUUUGUCCCUGUGUACCUUAACACCCAAGGCCAAUAUCUCCCAGCAGUUGAAAUGGUUGCCAUUUUAGCAUCAAACUACGGCAUUUUGUGUUGCCAUUUCUUUCCAAAAUGCUACAUCAUUUGCUUCAAGAAAGAAAGCAACACUGCUGAGGAGUAUAUGAAAAAUGUACGUGAUCAUUACCUUCCUCAGAAAUCGCUUCCUCCUCCUGACAAUCUGUCCAUCUGGUCUAUACCAGUAGCUUAA